AUGUUUUACUCUACCAUUCUUUUCUACAAGGAAGUAGGCCUGAGCGAGAAGAGCGCUCAAGGUGCCACAUUGGGUGUUGGAGCGAUGAUGGUGAUCGUGUCGUUGAUAUCCACGGUGAUUAUUGAUCGUACAGGUCGAAGAACUUUAUUACUAAUUGGCCUUGGAGGGAUGGGCUCUUCAUGUGUUUUGCUCACCGUUUUCAUGGUUCUCAAGAGUGCAUCAUAUGGCUUUGCUGCCUAUCUUUGCGUUGUCUUCGUCAUAACCUACGUUGUAGCUUUCGGCAUUGGCCUGGGCUCCAUUCCGUGGUUUUUAGUGCAUGAAUUGUUCAUGCCAAACGCUAAACCGAAAGCCAACUCUAUCGCGACGUCAUUUAAUUGGGGUGGAGCGUUUUUGGUCGGCCAACUGUUCCCCUUGAUGAUGAUGGCACUUCAAAAUUACACGUUUCUCGUUUUUGCUGGUUUGCUGCUGUUUUUUGGGCUCUUCACGUAUAAAUUUGUGCCCGAAACGAAACACCGAACAGUGAACGAAAUCAUUCAGCAGAUGCACCACUAG